UCCGACAGUGGCGCAGCCAACCCCAACCUUCGUUCAAAACUAAGCACCGUUCAUCUCGAUACUCGAAUUUCGGCCCUGUGUCCCAUCCAGCCGGCUUUUUUUGGAAGAUUCCGACGGUUGACGAGUGAAAGGUGGUACACUUGCGCGCGUUAGAGACACCCAUGAAUAAUGUUGUUCCGCGGCCAACCUAAUUUCGGUUCUUCGACGAGUCUGGUUCGAUUCGUGAAUUUUAGCAAGCGCCGCCACGUUAUUGAGCUAGCGAUAUCUGCCUCGCACGUCUAAGUUCCAGAUUCACCAACAUGGCACCGAAUUUGUUCGGUACAUCAGCGACACUCUACUUGGAAGCUUCGCAACAAGGGAUCCAUAAGGAGAAAUCUGCGUCAGAGAAUGUGGACAAGCAGCAAUUGAUUGCCCAAAACAGCUCACAACAACCGAAGUAUAAAUGGGACAUCGUCUGGAGAAAUGUGAUCGCUUUUACGUACCUUCAUUGCGGCUCGUUGUAUGCAAUGUAUCUGUUGAUCUUUCAUGAAGUAAGCCCUUACACAUUUAUAUGGGGUUUAUCGUUGGGAAUGAUUUCGGCAGUUGGUGUAACUGGCGGCGCUCAUAGAUUAUGGGCACAUCGAGCAUACAAAGCAAAGUGGCCGUUGCGAGUAAUCCUAAUGAUUUUGCAAACGAUUGCCUUCCAAAACCAUAUCUACGAGUGGGCUAGAGAUCACAGAGUACACCACAAAUUCACCGACACGGAUGCUGACCCGCAUAACGCGCAAAGAGGAUUCUUCUUCUCCCACAUAGGCUGGUUGAUGCUCCGCAAGCAUCCCGAUGUGAUAAAGAAAGGCGCCACCAUUGACAUGAGCGAUCUGGAACAGGACCCCGUCGUGGUCUGGCAAAGAAGAUUAUACAUCAUCCUGAUGCCGCUAUUCUCCUUCAUCAUCCCGACGUGGAUACCUAUCUACUUCUGGAAAGAGGCACCAUUGACGGCCUGGUACGCAACCGUGUGGAGGUAUACCUUCACCUUGAACGGCACUUGGUUGGUAAACUCUGCAGCUCAUAUUUGGGGAAUGAAGCCGUAUGACAAAACUAUUGGACCAACGGAAAAUCGUGCCGUCGCUUUAAUCGCUAUUGGUGAGGGCUGGCACAAUUACCAUCAUGUGUUCCCGUGGGACUACAAAGCGAGUGAGUUGGGAGACUACACGCUAAACGCGACCACAGCUGUCAUCGAUUUAUUCAGCAAAAUAGGCUGGGCGUACGAUAUGAAAACCGUUCCCGCUGAAAUCGUGAAGAAACGUGCUAUGCGUACCGGCGAUGGGUCAAUAUAUGAGAAUGGGCAAUUGACUCAUACUCACAGUCACGAAGAUGCGAUUUGGGGUUGGGGAGACAAGGACAUGGAACCUGACGAGAUCAAGACAGCGGAGGUCUAUAACAAGAGCGACUAAUUAAUCGUAUUCGCGGGAUUUCACGAGAGACGAUCAAUCGUUCACAACGUCAAUUAAUACAUUUUUCAUAUACAAGGUCUAUGGUUGAUCGUUUGAGGAAUCUUUCGAUUUGUAGUAUCAAAUCUACAAAGCGUACAUGAAUUCUCAUGAAAGAAAAGAUUGGGGAGUUCUGACCGCAAAAUGUCUCAUUAACAAUAUCAGAAGAUUUUUCAAACGAUAGUGUAAUUGUCUUUGACACAAUCGAGGUCUAGAAAAGUAAACGCUUAGGGAGCGGUUUUGUUAGAUUAGGUUAAAGUGAAGAAAAAGACAAAAAAAGAAAACAAGAUCUAUUUGAUAUUUGGUCAAAGUUGCAUCGGACAGCUUCCAUACACGGGGAAUCAAAUUAAUUCGUGGCCUUUUCCAGUUAUCGUUUCGAACGAUGCGAGCGUUUUAUUGUUAAAACCGCGAUGUAAUAUGUACACCGAGACGACUCUGUCGGGUAAAGGUAUUGUAGUUUAUUAACGUAUCAAUGAACUCUGCUCUGCUCGCAUUGAUGCCAAUACAUCGUGAACGACGAGCAUUUAUCGAGACCGGAUCAUAAUGCAGCUCGAGCGAUGUAGAACUAUUGUAACCAAAGCACUGUAAACCAUGUAUGAAUCGUGAAUCGUGACAACGAUGGGGUUGGAAUCACGCGAAUGUUUCUUAGGCGUUCGAUAAGAAGAAUAAUAUGCUUUGUGAUCAGACACAAUGGUAGAAUCUAGAUUAUUCUAAAAUGCUCCAUUUCUGUAAAAAUUUCAAGCGUAAUUGGAUCUGUAGAGCUGGCCUAGGCGAGUCGCAGCUCGUGAACCGAAUGUGGCUCUUUUCUCCUCUUACGUACUCCGUGCUCCUCGUCCUCACAAUGCGCCUUCAACGUCCGUCGACACUCACGCGACACCGUCGCUUGCGGCGCGGCGUCAACGAUGACAACGGGAGUCGCGAGAAACGAUAUCACAUUGUUUCUUUUGUGCUUCACGCGGAGCUGCCCCGGUAGCAAUGUAGCAUUUACGGAACACAGGUGUUAACGAGGAAAGAGUGGGAUUGGUGGUGGGAGCUUGUGGCUCGCGGUCAAAAUGACUCGCCCAGGCCUGCGUAGAGAAACGUUCCUAGUUUAGUACGAUUCAGUAAAUUAUUAUUAUUGUUAUUAUAUAUAUUGUUAUUAUUAUUUAUGUUGCAUGUAAAUGUUGGAGAACUUGUGAAAUAUGAAGUCAAUUGCAAUCCAAUGUAGUUUGAAUUUAUUUUUUAUUCGCUGAAAUCAUUAAUGAAACACCGCUGUUACUACACAACAUACAUAUAAUAGAACGAUUAAUAUUAAUGAUGAACCAUGAAAUUUUUAUUUGGAUUUAGUUUCUCGCGUGUAUUACUAAAAUUUACAUUUUUAACACAUGCGUUAUUUAAAGUUUUUUUACUUUGUAUCUAUUUUGAAAACGAAAUUUGUCUUUCAAGUUGCUUCUGCGCGUCACAAGUAAUGACACGUUAGACCACGGAUCUUUAUGAAUAAAAAUUUAAUACAAUAUGAAACUUUGUUGCUAACAGUCCAUUUACAUAAUUCAAAUUAUACGUCGCGAAACACUUUUAUUUCGAAGAAGAUAGAUAAAUAAACUUCCUUAAGCCCGAUUUCUCUGAACAAUGAAUGAUGUAAAGAUCGUGUGACAACCAGCAACAAAGUCAUUUCGAAGUCAAGGGAGAACGCAAAGAAAACCAAAUAUUCUCGCGAUCGAAUCGACGAGACAGAUCCAGGCGCGAACGAUGCAGCUCGAUCUUCAUUGUCUUCCUCUUUCGAGGAAUCAUGCUAGAGUCGUUGUGAAACAGAACCCAGACAGAACGGAGUCAAUUAAAGCGAACUAUACAUAUUUCAAUCGUGGUAAUCGACGACCACGAGUGAACCAUAGGACGUGUCGCGCAGACGACAAUCGUUUUUCAAUUAGAAAGAAACUAAGGGAAAAGAAAAGGCAAAGUCGAGAAGAAUUCCAAGGGCGACAAUCCAAUUAUCGACGACUUGCCUUGCAUCUAGAUUGUACUGUCGUGCGUAGAUAUCUGUAUUCUUAUCGAUCACUUUUGCAAACUUCAUCGUACUAGAUUCGAAACGCACAACCAAAAUAGAGACGAUCCAGCUGAUCAUUGUGAAAAUGCGGAACAUUCGGUUCAUUACGUAUCUCUAUUGUGCGCUACUAUGGUACGAUAUCUACUUUAUUUAUUCCUCAGCCAGAAUUUGUUUAAGACGUAAGAGCAAUUAUCUUCCAUUCGAGACAUGUCACGAGACUAGGAAAGGCACAGACAAUACUUUUCGCAAGAAAUUCCUUCGCUGCUACUCUCCAAUUGUACGCUGAUAGGAUUAAAUACUAAUAUGGAUUCCUACGAUACGAGAAUUCAUUUUGUAGCGAUCAUGAAUGUAGUCUCAGCAGCUUCGAGCGCAUGCUAUUUUUAUCUGUUGGAGAUAUUCGCAAUCGCGAUCCUAUUCGUCUUCGACUGAUUAUGUUAACGGUGAUAUUUAUUUAAAUGGUUUCAGUGAUCAGAAUUCGUACGUAUUACAAGGUGCCAGUCUUAUACAUACACGUGCUGGAUAUAGGCAUAAUUUUAUUUAAGAAGAAUACAGGUGACGAAUAAAACCACUACAUAACUAUUCUAUUCCUGUGUGCUUUAUAAAGGCGGAAAUACAAUUUGUAGAUUAUAAUCGGCAUAUUCAUCGAGGGCUAUUUACUUUAUCCAGGAUCUGUACAUACAUGAUGUACCUAGAACUUAAUAGCGAAAAGUAUGUUUAUUAUACGUUGCUUUUCGUGUGAGUCAACACUAGACUGCCGAUAUUUAUGCGUUUGUAAUAUAUAAACUUCUCGAUACGCUCAUGAAGCAGAGUUGAACACGGUGUUUUUGUUAGCUUGAUCCAUAACGAAUUGUUUUUACGAAAUUCUUUUCGUAGUUCCGCAGUCUAGUUAUCACUCGUACAAUCUAUCGAUAUUUAUUUAAUAUAAUGAUGGGAAGCAUCAAAUAAGUUAGUACUUCUUGUAAAGUGUCUUAGACUCGAAUAAAUGUACAAAGAUAAAAGGAA